AUGGCAAGUUACGCGCCUCCUACCGGCCCACCGCCGCCACAGGUGCCGAGCGGCUGGAAAGCUGUAUUCAACGACCAGUACAAAGAAUGGUUCUACGUCAACCUCCACACGAAACAGUCGACAUGGGAGAAGCCCACCGCCCCUGCUCCUGGCGGCGACGACGAGGCCCCUCCCGGCGCGCCACCGGGGUAUUCGGCCGGCGGCAAUGCGCCAGCCGCCUCUGACACCAAGCGGCCACUAGAGUCCAACAAUCCCUACAACACGAGCCAGAAUGCCGGCUCUUCUCAAGAGUCGGAUGAGGCGAUGGCUCGGCGCUUGCAGGCGGAAGAGAGCAGUCGCGGCCAUGCCGAUUCAUACUACGGUGCCGGUGGAGGCAGUAGUGGCGGACCUCAGCCACAGGGCAUUCAAGGCGGAUACCCUGGCGCGCCCACCUCACCGUCGAGUCAACUUCCGCCGCGACCCGACAGCAGUCACGGCAAGUCGAAAGGAUUUCUGGGCAAAUUGCUGGGCAAGGCGUCGAGUCACGGUGGAAGUAGUUCGAGUCCGUACCCCCAGCAAGCACGGCCUGGUAGUGGAUUCCCGGUCCAUGGGGGUGGAUACCAGCAGGGUCCACCAGGAGGUGGCUAUGGCGGCUAUGGCGGACCGCCGCAGGGCUACGGUGGUGGGUAUGGACCUGGACCCGGCUAUGGCCCUGGCCCAGGCUAUGGAGGCCCUCCUUAUGGCGGUGGCUAUGGCGGCGGGUAUGGCGGUUACGGCGGAGGAUAUGGACAACCACCGAGAAGGGGUGGUGGUGGCAUGGGCGCUGGAGGGGCCGCGGCACUUGGGUUGGGCGGUGGUUUGCUCGGUGGUGCGCUGCUGGCCGACGCGAUGAAUGACGGCGAACAGGAUGCUUAG